AUGCGUCUCACACUCACACUCCUUGUCGCGCUCACAACUGUCCGGGCUAUCAGUGUUGUGCCCACUCGACAUGCUAAACGCGAUCUUCUCGACCUUUGUGCUGUCAUCCCGCCUGGUAGCGACAUCAGUCUGAAUUUGCUUGGUAUCCCAAUCGAUGUUGAACUUGCUCUUUGUUUGUGCCUUCAGGGCCUUGACAUCUACCUUGCAACCCACGACGAUGUGAAUCUUCAAAAUCAACAAAUUGCAGAUGUUAACGCCAAGGUCAAUGCUCUGACAUCGUACAAUCGACCCCCGCCCAACGAGAUGCGCAUUUGUGACGGCUCGGGGCCCUACAUUUGUGUGGACGGUUUCAUUCGCUGCAAUGGUGUUUGUGUGCCUGGCACUUCCUGCCCAACUGGUCCUUCUGGUCUACCCCGAGCGCGCAAACGUGACAUCAAUAUCACAACCCUCAAAAAAGCACAAAUCCACUGUGGUCCUUCGAAAACUGUUUGUGGGUCCGCUCAUCCCAGACACUCGUAUGACUUUGAAUGCAUCAACACGGAAACCGACUUCGAUAACUGUGGAGGGUGUCUGAUCCCGCAUCCCUUCCAGCCCGACGCUCGCUCUGCGGUGGGAGAAGAGUGUGGCGCUAUUCGCAACGCACACAGUGUCAGCUGCAAAAAUAGCAAAUGUGUCGUUCAAAAGUGCCGUCGUGGGUUCAGCGUCAACACCAAACGAAAUGGCUGUGACUCGAAGCAAAAUAAAGCUGUUCGCGGUCUCCUCGAUGGCGUCCUUGGCUCGGGACCUGCCGGUGCCAUUUCUGGCCCUCUCACUUCUGCGGCGCUCCCUUCCACGUUUGCCCAGCCUCUUAGUGAUGUCAUCAGCGCAGCGAAUGGGGUGGCUUCUGUACCUGGAGCUCCAGCUGAUGUUACCCAGCCAGUUCUCAACCAAGUUCACAAUGUACUCGGAACAACGGAUCCGACUCAGCUCGUUCCAAAUGUGCAAAAUGCUAUUGAUGCGACCAAGACAGCCCAAGCUGGUUGCAGUCAAUGCAGCGGGGGUCUCUUGUCUUCCAUUCAAAAGCUCCUGGAUUCGCUUCUUAGCGUAAAUUCUCUUUGUCCUGGCGGAACUCCUCCCACCGUCCCCGCUCCCCCAUCUUGCCUUGACGUAACGCUCACGAAUGUCGUUUGUGGCCUUUUGCCCUCUGUUUAUGUCUCGCCUCUCCUUGUCUGUGGAUUGGGCGGUGGAUUAACGAGCACGCUGCAAGGCGUCGUCAAUUCUCUUGGGCUCGGACUACAACCCAUUCCAUUUCCGACUUGUUGUGUUGGACUGCCCCCGCCUGGUAACGGUACCUCUGUGGGUCCGGGUUCUGGAUCUUCAUCAUCGAUGGCCAGUCUUCCAAGUCUACCAUCCCCAAGUUUACCAGCACCACCGGCUCCUUCCGUUUCGAUCAGCAGCCCAUCUCCGCCUCCUUCUGAUACGAUUAAUGUUCUCUGUUUGCUCACACUGCAACUUGUCGUUAAACUCAAUGGCGGCGGCGGCCCUACGUGCAAUGACGGUCUGAUAGGAACGGUGAAUGGCCUCGUCAAAGGUCUUUUGGGCAAACCACUCAUAGGGGGUGAUGGAAUCGUUCAACUUGGCCCGAGUGGUGUCGAUGUCAACAAGCUCGCGAGUGCAUUACCUCCAUUACCCGCAAGUAAUGCGGUCAGCGGCCUGCCUUUAUUGGGAGGCCUGCUCGGUGGACUCCGUCGCCGAGAUCUGUUGAAUGGUCUCCUCGAUGGUCUGCUUGGAUCAUGCGGCAAGCCCUUGCUUGAUGAUGUCGAGAAUCUUCUGGGUCAACUACUCGGUGGUCUAAAUGCGUGUGGCUGUGGCGCAGAGGUUGCAAAGGCUCUACCCGGGUCAAUCCCUCCAUCUGCCAUUGUCCCUUCGGUCCCGAUUUCCCCUCCUUCUAUGGAUGUCACUGUACCAUCACCUGAUGCAAUCAACGUUCUCGGCUUGCUCACUCUCCAACUUGCGGUCAAGAUAAAUGGGGGAGGUGGUCCCAGCUGCAAUGACGGUUUAAUUGGUGUGGUUAACAACCUCGUCAAAGGCCUCUUGGGUAAACCGUUGAUUGGAGGCGAUGGAAUUGUCCAGUUGGGUCCUGGCGGUGUUGAUAUUAACAAACUUGGAAGUGCAUUACCUGCCCUCGGUCAAGGACUACCCCUUGUUGGCUCGUUGACGGGUGCCCUCGACAAAUCCCGUCGGUUCUAUUACGAAUUCUGUGGGCUCGCUGACCGGUGGAAAUAA